UCCAGAUUCCUUAGUCGUAGUUCUCGAUUGUUGGAAUAAUCAUGAAAAUUUUUGUCUUAAUUUGCCUCGUCGGAGCGGCGUCGUUCGUAAAUGGCGCUCCAAAUUCGGACACGGUGUAUUUCCCCAAUCCGAACGGAGACGGGACUCUGAUGCCCGCCGUUUUAACAGCGACGAAGGAAUCGGACGAAAUUACGGCAAACGCUAGAGCAGAUUCUGUCAGAUUUUUGCUCUAUACAAAGAACAAUCAGCAAAAUUUCGACCAGCUUUUAAUCGGAAAUCUUGACUCGGUAGAAUCUUCUCGAUACAUAAAUGGUGCCCCAGUUCUUUUACUGAUUCAUGGAUGGGGAGGAAAUUAUGAUCACACUUUUCCCUGGAAUCUUCGUGGAAGACUUGUCGACCCCAGAAAUGCCGUCGACUAUAACGUAAUCCUCAUGGAAUGGUCAGUCUUGGCCGACGGAAGCAAUUACAUCGCUGCCGUGAACAACAUGCAAAUUGCCAGUGAGCAGGCCACCUUGCUCCUCAAGUUUCUAGUUGACAAUGGGAAGACGACAUGGGGCAACGUACACAUCGUUGGAUUUAGUUUAGGCGGUCAGAUGGCGGGUCAGAUCGGGUGGCGAGUUCAAGGUCGGGGAGGAAUGAUUAAUCAAAUUACUGCGCUGGAUCCCGCCCUGCCCAUAUUUGACUCUGUAAAUCAGGCCAAUCGAACGGGCCCAGAGGAUGCCACGUUCGUACAAGUAAUUCAUACUUCCGGAGGAAAAUUGGGAUACUUGGACCCAAUCGGGCAUGUUGAUUUUUAUCCGGCGGGAGGAAGGUUCCAGCCCGGAUGUGGGACCGACUUGACUGGAUCGUGCGCCCAUUCCAGAGCGCCCGCUAUGUACACAGAAUCCGUUUUUGCGGCACUUUCCCAAGAAUUUUGGGGAAAGGAAUGUCCUUCUUAUGCGGACUACCAAAGUGGAGCUUGUAACGGAAAUAGGCCCCUCGUUAUGGGGCAUUAUACACCUUUCGGAUCUAGUGGAAUUUUCUACCUGGGGUCAAAUGCAGAGGCACCUUUCGGUCAAGGUCCUUAAAAAGCGUUUUGUAUUAUUUUAUCAUCCGCCAAAUUGUUUCAUUAUCAUGGUGAUUAUUCUUGUACAUUUUUGCUUUUCCCGGAAUUUACUACAUAGAAACGAAUUUGCAAUAAAAAAUUUGCAAUAAAAAAUGCUAUAAAAAAUGCAAUAAAAAAUUUUGUUUCAAUCAUGAA